GAUUUAACGUUGAAAAUAUUUCUGGAAAAUAUCGAACAAUAUGGAUACAAAUAACAAUAAAUAUUUUACGUGGAAUGUUGCACAAUUAAAACAAGAGUUAAAAAACCGUGGACUUCGCACAACAGGUAAAAAGAAGAUUUUGCAAGAACGAUUAAUAUUUUGCGAUGAAAAUAAAGAUGUUUUCCAGUUGCAUGCACAAGACCCUGAUGAAGUAUUUUUGACACCAGAUGUUACCGAAUACAGGGACAUAAAUGCUACAACCAAAAUUCCAAUAAUAUCAAAAGAUGAAAUUGAGCGUUUUCUUCAGAGGUAUGAGGUAUACAAAACUCUUGGUAAAGAAAUGUAUAAAAAUCAGUACCUUAUGCAUGCAAGGAUAGCCGACAAUAAAAAUUCAAUUUUCAUUCAAGGACACUGUUUAGCACAAAUGAAGAAAUCGGUUCAAUAUAAAUCUGACAUUCAAAUUUCAAAAUCUACUGGUUUCAUUGAUGGAACUCAUUGUGAAUGUGCUGUGGGCAGUGGUGACACUGCUCACUGUAAGCACAUCGCAGUACUCCUUUGGGCAAUGGAAGAAAUGGGGAGAGAAAAAAAAAUUAUUUUACGAACAGUUUGUACACAAGAACUUCAAACAUUUCACCGACCAGCCAAAUCUUUUUUUGGGUCUCCUAUUAAAGCUGAGGCAUUACCUAGUAAAAGUCGCGAUCUUUCAUUGAGUCUUGACCCAGUAAUUUUGGAUCCAAGUAUUAUUAACAAGCAAUCGUAUUGUGAAAAUCUACGUAACCGAGCAAUAAAUUAUGCUGCUAGUUACGAAACAACAAUGCCAUUUCUUCGGCUGUUUGCACCAGCUGACACUUAUUGUGCAAUCUGGGACCACAAUUACACUAAUAUUGAUCCAGAAGAACGGCUUUUAGAUGAGUUAAAACUAUUGUCUGUUACUGCAGAAGAUAUUGAAACGAUUGAAAGAGAAACAAGAGGACAAGCUGCGAGUAAAAUCUGGUUCAAACAACGUCAUUUUAGAAUUACCGCUAGUAAUUUCUAUAAAUGCUGUAUAAUCCGAGAUGAUAAAGCACAGAUGGAAUUUGUUUACAAUUUACUAAAUCAGAAACCCUUUACAUCGAAGUCAACUGAGUGGGGUAUUGCAAAUGAAGCUAAAGCUUUGAGUAUAUAUGAAUCUUCUGGUGUAAAAAUUGAAAAAUGUGGUUUUUUUGUCAGUAAAUCCCAUCCCUUCCUAGGAGCCUCUCCAGAUGGGAUUAUCGGCAAUGAUACAGUGGUUGAAGUCAAGUGCCCUUAUUCUCGAAGAUUCUCAAAUAUUACAGAGAAGACAAUACCGUAUUUAUAUCGUGACCAAAGCAAUAAUUUAAGAUUGAGAAGAAAUCAUUUUUACUAUUACCAAAUCCAAGGCCAGCUAUUUGUCACUGGAAGAUUAGUGGCAAAAUUUGUGGUUUAUACUACUAUUGAAACUAUUGUGAUAACAAUAAAUCGUGAUAUUGAAAUCAUCGCAUUAAUGAUUCCUCGCCUUAAAAGUUUCUAUGAGAAUUAUUUCAGACCUGCAAUAUUAGAUAUGCAAAUAUACAAAAGAUAUAAUAGUAUAUUUAACAAAUAA